AAUGCAAGAUGUACAUCUUACUAUAGCCAUCGGAAGGUAGGUCCGUUCCCUCCCUCCAGAGCUAGAAAAAUAUUUGGACCAAAAAUUUUCAUCCAACACCACCACCACCUACUACAACUUAUUAGAAGCUAGCUAGAAAAAAUGCCAGAAUAUUGUGUGACCGGCGGUACCGGAUUCAUAGCAGCAUACCUCAUCAAAUCAUUGCUAGAACAAGGCCAUACCGUUCGUGCUACCGUCAGGGAUCCAGAAAAUGUAGACAAAGUAGGAUACCUGAUGCAGUUACAAGGCGCGCAAGAUAGAUUAAAGCUUAUGAAAGCUGAUCUCAUGAUACAAGGAAGUUUUGACGAGGCUGUAAACGGUGUAGAUGGAGUCUUUCACACCGCAUCUCCAGUAAACAUCCCAGAUGAUAAAAAUCUGAUCCAGAGCAUCCAUUUACAGGAAGAACUGAUUGACCCAAGCAUAAAGGGCGCCAAGAAUGUGCUAAGCUCAUGUAAGAAAGCAAAGAGUGUAAAACGGGUAGUGCUCACCUCGUCCUGCUCUGCAAUUAGAUACCGUUAUGAUGUCCAACACGUUUCUCCUCUUAAUGAAUCACAUUGGAGCGAUACUGAAUACUGCAAACAAUACAACCUUUGGUAUGCAUAUGCAAAGACAAUAGCAGAGAAAGAUGCUUGGAGGAUUGCGGAGGAAAGUGGGAUCAAUCUAGUUACUGUAAACCCAUCUUACGUGGUCGGCCCAUUGCUUGCACCACAACCAACAAGUACAAUCAAAAUUAUACUUGAUUAUGUUACAGGGGCGAUAGAAGAAUGCCCGAACAUGGUAAUAGGAUUUGUGCACAUUAAUGACGUGGUGGCUGCUCAUAUAUUAGCAAUGGAGAAAAACGAGGCAGCAGGCAGACUCAUAUGUUCAAACACAGUAGCACAUUGGGCCGAAAUCCAUCAGAUGCUUAAAUCAAGAUACCCGUCUUACCCUUAUGCAAAAAAGUUCGGCAGCCAAAAGGGGAACGACAACCCACAUAGCAUGGAUAGCAGCAAGAUAUUACAGCUGGGACUACCUCCAUUGAAAACACUUGAGCAAAUGUUUGAUGACUGCAUCAAAAGUUUCCAAGAGAAAGGAUUUCUUUAAGGUUCACAAAUAAUUAAUAAGGCAAUAAAGUCCAUACUGUCUUUGGCAUAUAAUUGCCGCGGGAUCUUUUCCCAUAAACUAUAUUCAUAUGUAUGGUUUGAUGUAAUUGAUCUUUGUAUCAAAUAAUUAAGUUCUCCUUUAAACAUACUCUCUUAGAUUCUUUUAUGCA